UACAGCAACCCCUGACAGAACCAUAGAGGAUGCAAAGACAUCACAGCUGCUAUUUUACUCUGUAAAUGGACUUCACUAUCUUAUUUUAUUUAUUUUUUCAAAAGAAAAAUAAUAGACUUUGGAGUUUGGAAGAGUCGAUAGGAUCUAUAUUCUCAACAUUUUGCCUGGUCCCUUUGUGGAGCGGAUCAUAGCCUACUACAAGACAAGCCAACAGACAACGUUGUUGUGUGAUGAACGCGCCCUUGUCUUGAACCUGGGGACCCCCUGAAACUGUCACGCGGAUCAACGCUUUGUGAAUGGGACGGAUUUCACGAUUGAGCCACCCUGGAACUGAAGACAAGGGUUAUUUUUUCUGGGGACUGCAAUGAGUGUGACACGGACUGACUUGGAUUGGUAUCUAACUUGAAGACUUCCCAAACACUUCUGUCUUUGAAUUCCUUACAAAGAGAGAGAUCUGUCCUGCUGGACUACUGGGCUACUGAGGUGUGUGUGACCUCAACCAGCCACCAUGCCCAUCCUAAAGCAGCUGGUAUCUGGUUCGUCCCACACCAAACAGCGCCGCUCCCGUAUGGACCUGACCCGGGAGAUGAUCAGCGCUCCCCUGGGGGACUUCCGCCACACCAUGCACGUGGGGCGCAGCGGGGACGCCUUCGGGGACACCUCUUUCCUCUCCACCCACUCUGGGGAGGCCCCCCACCAGGCUGAACCCGAGGCCCAUCCCCACUCCCCCCGCCCGGGGCUUUUAUCCAGAACCUUCCGCAGCAGCAAGCGCUCCCAGUCCGUCACCAGAGUGGACCAGAGAGACUGCUCGCUAGCGCCACCCGGUGGCUCGCCCACCUUCGUGAAGAACGCUAUGUCGCUCCCCUUCCUCAAUGAUGAAAACGGUGACCAUGUUGAUGGAGGACACAGGGUGCCUAAGAGCCUCUCGUCCAGCCCACUGAAACAGCUACAUGAGCAAGAUGGAGGUGGUGGUACCAGGCCAUCUAACGGGGCCGCUGCUGGGGCCCGCUCUCUGGAGCUGGAUGAGAGGAGCUUUGGGGAGCUUACUGACCUGCCCAGCCCCAGCCGCGGGUACUACGGAGGGGGGAUGAAGCAUGCGGUGUCGGUAAUGUCGUUCCACAUCGACCUGGGGCCCUCCAUGUUGGGGGACAUCCUGGGGGUGAUGGAGAAGGAGGAGGAUGAUCUGGGAUACGAGGAGGGGAAGAGCAGUGAGGGACGGGCCUCUCCUACACUACUCCUGGGGAGGGAGGUGGGAGGAGAGGAGGAGGAGGGAGAGGACGGGGUGGAGGUGGGAGGAGAGGAAGAGGAGGUGGGGGUGGGAGAAGAAGAGGAAGCUGAGCUACUGCUACUGCAGCUGCAGGAGGAGGAGGUCCCUGUACCUGUGAGUCCAACCAGCUCGGUAGAACCUGAGGUGGGAGAGGACGAGGGGGCACCCUACACCCCAGAGCCCCACCCUAAACACCUGCAGCACCAAUUAGAUACCUGCUCUGUGUCCAGCUCCGCCUCUACCUCUGGCUCCGCCCACAUGGUGCAGGAGAAACCAGCCGGCCAGCUCCACGUGGGGGAUACGGACAGCGCCACUUUCAGCGCCCCACCUGAGGAGGAAGAGGAGGUGGGAAAGUUUUCUUCCUUCUUGGAGGACGAGGAUGAUGAGAUCCGUGUAUGAAACGAGAUGUACAAGCUCAAACCAUAUACGGAGCAGAUAAGUGUGGAUUAAUAUAGAUGGAUAGAUUCUAUACUGGGUGGAUAUGGAUGAGUACAGAUGGAUAGAUUCUAUACUAGGUGGAUAUGGAUGAAUACAGAUAGAUUCUAUAGUGGGUGGAUAUGGAUUACAGAUGGAUAGAUUCUAUAAUGGGUGGAUAUGGAUAAGUACAGUACAAAGUCAAGUCUAUAAAGCCUCAUAUCACAACAGAGACGUACAGACUGGAUGGCUUACAGGAUGGUAUGGAUGACGUGUUGAGUUGAUAAUGAAUGAAUGAAUAAAUGAAUUAAUUACUACUGUGGAUGAAACUCUACUCUAUAAAGCCCCAUACUAUGACAGAGAUGUACAGUCUAUACUGGGUGGAUAUGGAUCACAGUGCAGUAGCAGUACCUCCUCUGGUAGUGUGGAUGACGUGUUGAUACAACAAUAAACUAAUACUGUGUAUCAAACUCUACUCUAUGUAUAGUCUGGGUGGUCUGGAUAGGAGAGUUCUAGUACAGCACCUCUUCUGAUUGUCUGGACGACAUGUUGAAUUAAAUAGAAAACAACCGUCUACUGCUCCCUCUGUGCUUCCUGUGAGAAUACAAACAUCUGGACAUAGAGACAUGUGGACUGGGAUCUGUGGACUGGGAUCUGUGGACUGGGAUCCUUGGACUGGGAUCUUGCUUCAGGGAGAAAGGGAAAGACAGUCUGUAGGACACUGGCUCCUUCUGGAUGAAUACAAACACCAUCUGUUACAUACAGAACAGCUUGCUAACUUCUCCCACGCAUACACACACCACAUUACAGCAACUCACUCUGUCUGUCUGUACACUGAGAGAACUGACAUGGAAGAGCAGUCGAAGUGUGAAAACUUAUGAAUUUAGGAGACACACUUAAGAAAAGAAAAUAACAUUUGAUAAAUAACAAAAAAACACUGUCUUGACUUUAUUAAGCCUCUGUCCAGUACUAUUCACUUGCCUUACAUGUGUCAUAAUAAUAUGGGAUUUUCUUAAUUGAUCAUUUGUGCCAUUUUAUGUGAUUUAGCUCCUCUCUUGUUCUGUGCUCCUCACUGCCUGUUAUGUGAAACAGUGUUGGUGUAAUCAAGUGGUCUGGCCGGAACAGAGAGCUACUGUUACUGCGGUGAUGGGGACCUGGCUGCCUGUCUGUCACAAUAAAAGGCUUGUGUUGUGUGUAUCACUCCACCAGCUGUGAUGAGGCUUUGUCCAUGCUAGAGCCUGCUAGAGAAUCGUGUCUAGAGCCUGCUAGCUAUAACAUCGUGACUAGAGCCUGCUAGCUAUAACAUCUUGCCUAGAGCCUGCUAUCUAUAACAUUGUGACUAGAGCCUGCUAGCUAUAACAUUGUGACUAGAAACUGCUAGCUAUAACAUUGUGACUAGAGCCUGCUAGCUAUAACAUCGUGACUAGAGCCUGCUAGCUAUAACGUCUUGACUAGAGCCUGCUAGCUAUAACGUCUUGACUAGAGCCUGAUAGCUAUAACGUCUUGACUAGAGCCUGCUAGCUAUAACGUCUUGACUAGAGCCUGCUAGCUAUAACGUCUUGACUAGAGCCUGCUAGCUAUAACAUCUUGACUCUCAGAACGAUAGAUAAUCUAUUUAGUUCAUUGUUACAUCAACACCAGUUCUGUUUCAGAUUCUAACUGACACAUUUCCCUCACGUUAUCAGUGACAUGUUACACACAUUCAUUACUGUGACAUGAUACUACACAAGUCACCUAUUUGUCGGUUGGUAUUUGUGCCUCAACCCCGUCAUUUCCUGUAAUAAAGUGGACUGUAUAACAUGGGCCGGAGGAGCUGUUUACCUAGCGUUGAGAGUUAGCCUUAACUCUCUCUGCCUGAUGCUGUUGGUAAACUAGCAUUAGGAGGGUCAUAAAGCAGACAGAUGGAAGCAUAGGACCUGUGGUGAUUAUAAAACACUGGUUACAGCAGGACGUUUAGAGUGGAGAGAAGUGUGUGUGUACACCAAACUGAAGAGGGGAGGUGUGUGUGUGUGUGUGUGUGUGUUUCUCUUUCUCCACCUGCAGAUCAGGUUAGAUCAGUUUAGAUCGUGUUAGAUCAGGUUAGAUCAGUUUAGAUCGUGUUAGAUCAGGAUAGAUCAGGUUCGGAUGCAAAUUCUCUGAUUCUAUUUGCCCAUAAUUUUUCCAUAGUUCUCUAAAAUGAAAAUCCUUUUGCAAGUGUGUGUCAGUCAGGUUCUGCAAUCAUGUCAGAGCAAACAGGCUACAGAGUGUCUGAUAAUAACAGCUAACCACUUCCUUCCUUCCUUCCCCACUUAAAAAAGAGAGUUAGAAACUGUUCAGAGCUGCAGUAGUCUAGUGCACCUGGCUUGACUCCAUGAACAUGUCGUCUGCCUCCCAAAUGGCACCCUAUUCCUUAUGGGUCCUGGUCCAAAGUAGUGCACUAUAUAGGGAAUAGGGUGCCAUUUGGGACACAGAUUUCACUCACCUCUAGUGCCCUCACCAGGACAGUCCAGCUGUCUCACUGUUAAACUGGGACAUUAGUGUUCAUUAGGGCACAGCAUAGCAAAAUAUGUGUUAAUGAAAGAUGUGUAUAAAUAUGCGUGUCUGGCCUCAGAAAAGCAUUAUUGAAAAAGAAGACUGGUUCACAGGUAUCUGUACAGGGAUGCAUUAAGAUGGUUGACUGUUCCUUUUAUAAAGUAGAUGAGAUUUGUCAUUUUUCUAGUGUGGGCAGCAGUGACUGAAUAUGCCAGUGAACAGAUGUUAUUCCAGGUAUCUUUUAAUAGUGACGUGUAUAUUAAUUCUCAGUCAUAACUGAGGCUGCGUCCGAAAUUGCACCCUAUUCCCUAUAUAGUGCACUAGUGACCAGAAGUAGUGCCCUGUAAAGGGAAUUGGGUGUCAUUUGGGACGCAGCCUCAGUUAUGACUGAGAAUUAAUAUACACGUCACUAUUAAAAGAUACCUGGAAUAUUCAUGUCAGUCUGGUUGACGAGGCUAUAUUCACCGUUCUUUCUCCACUUUAACACUAACAGUCAAAUAUUCACAAUUACCCACGUUUAGAAUCAUGAGAGGCUGCAAUGAAAGCAACAUGGAGGAUUCUGUUGCUAUUUCCUACGUAUGUUUGUGUUGAAGCUGUAUAAAAUCUCCGGCUAUUCUUUCUCUUUACUGUCUUUGUGUAAGUAUAAUGUAUACACACUCUCCUCCUUACUCUCCCAAAUAACUGCUAUAUUUUGUAAUAAAAUAAAAGCUGGCCAUCUUUA